CCGUUUACAGAAAAUGCACAGGGUAUAUCAUUAUAUCAUCUACAUUUGGUACUGGUGAAACGACCUGUCAGGGUUCUCAGGCAAAACAUGGUACAUAGUGACCACUUUUUGAUAUCCUUGGUCGUAAGGGUCCAGGCCGCCAGCACAACACGAAACUUUGGGCUCGAACAGGCCGUGCUAAGAGAUGCGCAGUCAUACAAGCCACUCACACUAUAUAAUGUCGCGAUCCAACACCACACUAUAUCACAUCAAUGUCUCCUCCUGACACAGACCUCCUGCACUCCUUGUCCGCUGAACUCUCUGAGCGGCUCAAGGAUCUCCUGGACCAAACCCUGCUUGGAAUGAUACGGCCGAAUUCUGCGUCUCAGUUUGCUCGGCAUGCCCCCGAGUUGGAAAAAUUCCGCGAAGCCAUCACACGCAGCGAAGCCGAGGACAAUAUCGAUUUCCUACAAAACUUUCGAGAAUUCGUUCCCACCACAAACUACGAGCCUUACAGGCCAUACAUAGCAAAGUUUUUUGCGACCCCUUGCAAGGAAUCUGACGUAAAGAACAUGUUCGCCCCAGGAUUACCCUACUGCUUAGCCGUUUCCAGCAUGACAUCUGGCAAAUCCGCAAAGACAUUCCCAACAUAUCGGCCCGCUCCGCACCUUUUGCAUCACCCUCUUUAUUUGUCGCUUCCCCAUUCAGAGGGUAGCACCUUAUCACCAUCUUCGUUGGGUUUGUGGCAAGUCCUGACAUUAGAGUGUGAGGAUGGUCAGAGUUCCAAGGUGUUACCGGUCUGUUCGGUGACCGUCGGUUUUCUGCGAAUGCAAAUGAACUGGGAAGUCGAGCACGAUAAGGAUAGACUCGACUUGUGGGUGCCGGGAAAAACGGAUCCAUUCGCAAUAUCCUUGGUUAAGAGCUAUCGCGCUUUCUUUAUUCUGAAUGCACUGUUUGCACUGUCAGAUCGUCGGGUGGCAACCGUCCGCUUCCUCUUUGCCAGUGUAUUCGUCAACUUUUUGCAGUACGUAGAGGAAGAGUGGCCUCUACUUGUCGACUGUAUUGAGAAAGGGAUCAUCCCAGACAUGGAAAACAUGGACCAUGUGCGAGAACCUUUAGAGAAACAUUUUACUGCAAACCCUCUUCGUGCUGCCGAACUUCGCGAAAUUGGGCCUCCUAGCAUCCAGGGCUGGGCUGUCCGUGUAUGGCCUGACUUGAAGACGUUCAUUGGUAUUACUGGAGGUUCUGCUGCUGCAUCCGUCCCAAAGGUUACUCACGUCCUCGGACCUUCUGUUGCCAUGCAGGCUCCUUGUUAUGGCAGCUCAGAAUGCUAUAUCGGCCUGCCGUAUUACAACGGCGACCCUAAUACUGACUUCAAGGUACUACCCGUAGACGGGGUAAUCGAGUUUUUGGACGUGCAUUCCGACGAGCCUUUGGAGCGUGUAUUAUCUGCUUGGGAACUUGUGACUGGAGGGCAUUACGAGCCAGUUUUGACGACCCGCAAUGGCUUGUGGAGAUACCGCAUUGGCGAUGUGGUCACCGUUAAAGGCUUUGCGCCAGAUGAUGGACUACCUGUCGUCAAUUACCUCCAUAGGCGAGACGGCGGACUUGAGAUGGCAUUCGGAGCGACAUGUACUGAGUCGCAAUUGACGAAUGCGAUCGUCUCUGCCUCUAAACGAUCGAUCGGCCAAAUCAUAGAUUUUACUAUUGUGGGCGACGAACGAGACACACCUAUUACUUAUGGGUACUUGGUAGAAAUUGGAGGGGAAGUAGGAGAGGACGCGAAAAUGGCAAUACAGCAAACUUUUGAAGACCUCAUGGCAAACAAUGAGUUUCGUGUUGCUUUUUGGCAAGGCAGAGCAAGAAAGCCAACCAUCCGUCUCGUGGAGAAGGGCACGUUCACAGAAUACCGCAGGCAGAAAUGCGACAAGACGAACAUUUCGAUGGGUCAGGUGAAGGUGCCCAUCAUCCUAUCCGACCCAACGUUCAAGGAAUGGUUCCUGCAGAGAGUUAUCAUGGAGCUGUAAGAUACUAAACAGGAGUCUCGUUAGAAUGUUCGAAGACGGAUGUGGCGAGACGAAUGGUUGAGUGAGAUUGAAAUGUAACUGACUGAGCUGUGAUAUCAUCACGCAAUCAAUCUUGCAGUGCGAGGUCAAGUACUCACAAGUUAUCCUUUUGUCGCCAAAGGCAAAUGAAACCAUGGGGUGGGAUUGGUUUACUGAACAAGCCUGGCAGCGCUCAAAAAAAUCCCGAUCAAUACGAAUACCGCCUUCACAUGGCUGGAAGGAUUGAACAUCCAAACCAAAGGUUCAGGCUGUUCUAGUUAACAUUUAGUAGUGCUGCUUGAUGUUCCAUGAUCAGUGAGAGGCCUACGAAUCCGAUACUUU